AUGAAUCCCGACGAGCUCCUUCAAAAUAAAUACGAUCGUUUAUGUGUGGAGUACAACAAAGUAGUCGAUUCAAGUUUCCUUAGCUCUUAUCGUUCGUCUGUAGCUGAGGAGCAAGCAGAAGGAAUUGAAGGACACACUGAACUCCUACCAAAGUCUAACAAAAAAGCUUCAGACCAGUCAUCUGGUGACACAACCGUGAUUACGCAUAAGAAUUUGGAUCAUUUGGUUGCUGAUUUCACCCAAGCACUCAACGAAUGGAGUAGCUCUAUUCGGUCCAGUGAAAAACCAGAAUUGUCCGAUGUAAAAGACGCUCUAAUUGCGCGGAUUUCCCGACUCGAGCGACAAUUAUGUGACGUGUCUCUGCAAUACCAAAUGGAGCGACGUCGACGUCUAAUGGUCGAAAAAGAGCGCUCUUCCACUGCUCUCGAUGAGCUUACCUCCGCCUCCUCGGCCACCACCACCAACAACAACCACGGGGACAGUGAGACAUUGAAUUCUGUGACGGAUGUCAAUAUGGGCGAUUCCCUCAUGCUGGACUGGAUGCAAGAACGAAUAUAUGCGGUGACUGAUCAGGCACAAUACUUCGCCGCACGUGCUGCAUUCUUACAAGAUGAAUUGCUGUGCCUGAUUCCACACAUAACGGAACUGGUCAAACAGGCGUUACGACAUCGAGCCGAGAAUGAGUCAUCGCACAAAGCACUUCGACAGCUUCAAGAUGAUUUGGACGCGGCUCAUUCGAACGCACUGCGGCAAAGCACACAAAUGGCCGAACACAUUUCCAGUCUGACCGAAGAACUGCAAGCCAUUCGUGCCCACGGCUGGCACUCACCCGGCUCCACUGAUUCCUCUGAUCGCAGUGCUAAAAAGGUUCAUCACUAUGUUGCGUCUGAUGUGGGCAAUAGCAUAUUCAAUCCGGUGAAUGAGACUCGAAUGACUAAGCGUCAGGGGGAACAACUGUGA